AUGGCUCUUUCUUCAAAAGUUUCAUCCGUUUCUGGAUUUUCUCUCUCACCUGUUUCUGGAAAUGGUGUUCAAAAGCCAUGUUUUUGUAAUCUGAGAGUUGGUGAAAAAUGGGGAAGUGGAAAAUUUAGGGUUUGUGCUACAACUGCUCCUUUGACUGGGGUUAUAUUUGAACCGUUUGAAGAGGUUAAGAAGGAUUAUCUUACUGUUCCUUCUGUUCCUCUUGUUUCUUUGGCUCGUCAGAAUUUUGCUGAUGAAUGUGAAUAUGUUAUUAAUGAGCAAAUUAAUGUGGAGUACAAUGUUUCCUAUGUGUAUCACUCCAUGUUUGCAUACUUUGAUAGGGACAACGUGGCUCUCAAGGGAUUUGCAAAGUUCUUCAAGGAAUCUAGUGAAGAAGAGAGAGAACAUGCUGAAAAGCUUAUGAAAUAUCAGAACACUCGUGGUGGAAGAGUUGUGCUUCACCCCAUCAAGGAUGUGCCCUCAGAAUUUGAGCAUGUGGAAAAAGGAGAUGCAUUGCAUGCAAUGGAGUUAGCUUUGUCUUUGGAGAAGUUAACAAAUGAGAAACUUCUGAAUGUGCAUAGUGUGGCAGAACGCAACAAUGACAUUGAGAUGACACACUUCAUUGAAGGCGAAUAUUUGACCGAACAGGUUGAAGCAAUUAAGAAAAUAUCAGAGUAUGUGGCUCAAUUGAGAAGGGUUGGAAAGGGUCAUGGUGUUUGGCACUUUGAUCAAAGACUUCUUCAUGGGGUACAUGCUGCUUGA